AUGAAGAUCCAAAUUUUGGUGGUUGUUGCUUUUUUGGUUCUACAUUUUAAAGGAGAUGAGGACCCAAAAAUCGUCCUAGACAAACUUCCCGGCGUCUUUCGCAUCUUAUCAGCCAUCAAUCUUCAAAACCAGCUAACCAACAGGACUAUCAAAAUGGAUACUGUAGUUCAGGAGAUUCUAAACCUGAAAAGUCUCAAGGAUUUAGAGAGUUUUGAUAAACAAAAAGUCGAUGAAUUUGCUGAUAAGAUAUCUAGAGCCGAUUUUAGCUCUGAUCUAGAUAUAGUGGCCACUGAAGAUGCUUUUAUCGGUUUGAGAAAAAUCCAGGAAUCCUGGAUUUCGGUCCAUAGCAAAAUUCAAAAGUUCCCAAAGACUGUAGAUGGUCUAAACGUCGUCAAAACCUGGAAUAUCUCUGGAAUAUUCAAGGAAGUGGACAUUGAUAAGAUUUUAAAAGAAUUGGAAGGAGGAGAGAAGGCACAUUUCAAGACACUUCUAGAUGCCAGAGCCAAGAUUUCAGAGUUCUCCAGCCUAGAAAAUGUUUGGGACCUUCUGAAUUCGAUCCGCCCAAUUUCUAAUUUUGCUCGAUUCAUGGAAGUUUUGAAUUCCAGCCCGUUGAAUGUUCUAAAGAAUUUUAAAACGAGAAAACAAGGUUUUCAAGCUAAUUUGGAGAUUCUGAACGACUUAGCAACGGAAGAUCUAGAUUUUAAAGAGCUAGUCCAUCUUAUGAGCCACCCCAAGUCCCAAGACUUGGAAAACCUAUCAGAGGAUCUUCAUGAUCCCUGGAUCCUCAAGAAUAUUCAAUCUUAUGCUCCACUGGAUGGUCUUAACAGGUUAAUUAGAUUGAAUAAGCCAAUUCAGGAAUUCCAAGGGUCUCUGAAUAUCCCAAAUUAUCUUGAAACUACUUUGAAAACAAUGAGCUUAAAAUCUAAGCCAGUAGAAGAGGAAAAAGUCCAAACAUUAGCAGAAAAUGUAUUCCAAAACUGCUUUCCCUUAUCCCAUGCCCAUGAUCCUGGGGAGACUGACAAGGUAAAACAAUUGGCAAUUAAUCUUAAUUGGCUAAUUAUCAAGGUACAGGCUUUAAUGGCAGUGGCGGAGGCUAAGAACAUUAAGCUCGAAGAAACCCUGACUUCCCUGAAACCCUAUCUGGCUGUUUUAAAGGAUCAGACCAACUUGGAGAGUGUUAUCAAGGAAAUAAUGGGAAGUGGAAAUUAUAUCACCCAAUUUUCAAAAAAUUCGGUUCUCCAGGACCAUGUGAAGCUUUUUGAUUGUAUUCAGAAGGUUCCAGAAGCAGAAUUUCUGGAAGUUUCCAUUAGAAAAAUUAAAUUCCUUCGGGAACAGUAUUCUGAAUUCUCGAAAAGCCUGAAAGAUAUUUCUUCAGAAGUUUCGAGGUCCCUAGAAAGCUUAAAAGCAGUUAAAGAUGCUGGAGAAGGAAUCAGAAAUGAAGGAAACCCGAAUUUAACGAUUUUCAAGGACCUGGAAAUUUACUCUAGCCAAAUUAGGAAAAUCCAAAGGUUCCUAAACACAAUUCGGGUUUCUGGAAAUCCAAAAAAUGCUUUUCAAAAAUUCCAAAAAUCAAUUAGUGAGCUACAAGAAGCUCUCUACCCCAUGAAAUCGGAUUUGGAGGCUAUGAAAUUUUCAGAAGUCCUAGAAGAGACAUAUCAGAAGACGUCUGAAAAGAUUCGGAACUUUUUAGAUCUCCUGAAAAAAUGGAAAACCCAACCCAAAGUUUCUGGAAAUUUCAAAAACCUAGGUUUCGAACUGACGAAAUUGAAGGAAAUUGGAGAUUUGGAAAUCCCAGGGACCUCUGAAAUCGAUAGCUUUGAACUUACCAAGCCUGGAAGAUUAGUUAAAAAAGAGCUGAGCAAUUUGAAGGGAGCAAUUCGGAUGAUGGGAGGCUUGGAGCUCAGAUUUUCCAGCUACAAUGUUUCGGUUGAAGAUGUAGAGAAGAUUUUUGGGAUUUUGAGGAAUGGAAGCAAGAAUAGUGAAAAUGGAAAGACGGAUAUUGAUCAUUCCGGACCAACUGCAUUCAUGAUCACCAUGAUUUGUGUCGGAAUCGUUGUCUUCUGUGCUUUUCUCUAUUUUUGCCUAUUCGACUAUCGAUUUCCACUCUAUACAGUACGCCAGAAUUUAUGCAAUAAAAUGUAUAAAAAUAAACAAAAAAAUAUGAAAACGGCAAGAGAGGGACAACUACCUAUCUCCGGAUUUUCGGCUCAAAAAGAUGUGAACCGAGGAGCAGAUGGGCGGGAAAUUCGAGAAAAAAAUCAGCCUGGGAGUGCUGAAUCUCUGCCACCACCACCACCACCAAUUCCAGAAGCUAAACCAGUUUCCAAGGAAACAGAUCCUCUGAAUUCUCCACGAGCUCUCAAAAAAGAGCUACCUCCAAUAAAGGAGCUGAAAGUUCAGAAAACUGAUGAAACACUACCAACACCACCCGCCACUGCCAAAGCUACCAUCAAAAAACAGCCGAGUAGAACGAAGACUACUGUAGAACCUUCAAAAACUACAAAAACGAUCACAAAAGAUGAAAGUGCUGCUGAUAAGAAAACUCCGCCUCCUCAAGCCCCGCUCACUAAAAUUGCUCCGCCCACAAAACAACCUUCAAAGAAAAAGGAUACGCUAGCAGAUGAUGUGGACAGUACUGAAAAAGUGAAGAAAACCAAAUCGGAGAGUAAAAAUUGUAUAUCUUAA